AUGGCGCUGGCCCGGAGAGCUGCCUUAGCGACGGUGGCUCGCGGUUGCCUGAGGGGCGCGGCAACGGCGCCGAGGGCCCCCAGGAGCCACAAGCGGGGGACGGGCCUGUGGGUGGCUGCUGCUGCUGUGGCAGGAGGUGUCACGUUGGCAGGCUUGCAUAAAGGGUGGAGCAAGCAGGUAGACCUUGGCGGCUUCCUGACAGUCCUCGCUCAGAAAGAAGAUGUUCAAGAUGAGAACAUGGCUGAAAAGCUCUGCAUUCGAAAGAAACGCUUUAUGGAGUUUGCUUCUGUGCAGUAUGAUGGAGAGUAUUACAUGACUCCGAGGGACUUCCUGUUUUCAGUGAUGUUUGAGAAACCAAGGCGUAAAACUGUGGCCAAGAAACUGACAAAAAAGGAGGCAGAUGCUGCACUUGCAAAUGUUGUGAAGGCUAAACCGGGGCCAUCCUUUUUCAGAGACCUUGGAGAUAAAGGGCUGAUCUCCUACACAGAAUACCUGUUUCUGCUGACGAUACUCACAAAACCACAGACUGGUUUUCAUAUUGCUUUCAAAAUGCUGGAUGCAGAUGGGAAUGAACAAGUAGAGAAAAAAGAGUUCUUUAAGCUUCAGAAAAUACUUGGGAAGCAAGAUGAGUUGAAAGCAUCUCCAGGAGAUGAAGCAAGAUGUCAGGUUCCAGAACGGGAAGGUUCUGAUAGUAAUACCAUGCUGUUGGUCCACUUCUUUGGAAGAGAAGGAAAAGAGAAGCUUCACUAUUGUGAAUUCUACAGAUUUAUGCAGAAUUUACAAACAGAGGUACAAGAAAUGGAAUUUAUCCAGUUUUCCAAAGGUCUAAGCUUCAUGACAAAAGAGGACUUCCUCGAGUGGUUGUUGUAUUUUACUGAUGAGGAAAACAAUGACACUUAUUGGCAAAAUGUGAAGGAGAGAAUCCAGCCAGGAGAGUAUAUAAGUAUAGAGGAAUUUAAGACUUUCUGCCAGUUUACAAACCGCCUUGAAGACUUUUCAAUCGCCUUGAAAAUGUUUACUGUAGCCAACCGUCCUGUUAAACAAGCUGAAUUCAAAAGAGCUGUGAAAGUGGCCACGGGAGUGGAGCUCUCAGAUAAUGUUUUGGACACCAUCUUCAAGGUUUUUGAUCUAGAUGGAGACCAUUGCCUCAGCCAUGCAGAAUUUCUUGGAGUCCUAAAGAACAGGAUGCAUCGAGGUUUAAGGGUUCCUCAGCAGCAAGGAAUCCAAGGCUAUUGGAAAUGCGUGAAGAGAGAGAGCAUUAAAGGAGCCAAAGAAGUCUGGAAACAAACUGGGAAAAGUCCUUUUUAAAAACGCCCUGAAAUACUUCGUCUAGUCUUCCAUGUCUAGAUUUGCCUCGUUUUAUGUAUUACAGUUUGUAUGCUAGUGAUAGUAGAUACAGCAUAGUAAAAUCAUUUCAUACUGUUAAGUACUGAAAGUAUUUAUUUUCUCACUGUAAUUUUACAUCUGUAUACUCAGGCUUGCCUAUGGAACUGUUAUGAUUUUCCAGUGUGUUCCUAACCAGAGUUACUGCCUUCUAAGUCCAUUCAAGUCUAUGGGCUUAGAAGGGUAUAAUUCUGCUCAGGUAAUAUAAGUGUUCUUAUUCUUUCAUUGAUCGACGUGUGCCAGGAAUUUAGUACAAGUUUCUAGUCUGAAGAUGUUGUGGAAAGAAGCUAGAUCUUAUUCACAGUGCCAGAAGAGCUAAGAUGUCAUGCUUUUAAGGACGGGAGAGAACAAAACAUGAACCUACAACUUUAGAGUGAAUUUCAUGAAGCCAACAUUAUUUUAAAACUGAAGUCUUGAAAUCACUGAUUAGUAGCCCCUCUGAAUUCACAAGCUUUGAGUGACUCCAGGAUUGCAAAUGUAACAAAUCACAGUUAAGUUUGUACUGAAAUGCUACUUCUAAAACACAAUAUUGAAAUCAGUCUUGCCUAGAAAUACUUGUUCUGUAUGUUAGUGAUAUUUUUGUAUAUUCCUGUAUUUUUGUUCCUAGUAAUUUAUACAAUUUUUUAAAACUAUUCUGAUUGCAGUAGACUUUGGUUCUCAGUCCAGACUGGAAAUAUGAAAAUGUUUACAUAAACUGGCAAUCUGUAAACUUGUGAAUAUGUAUAGACUAAACACUUCCAUGAAACGACGACUCUUCUUAUGGAUACAAAUACAAUUAAUUGCACUUUUCUGAUUUAUCCACUUGGUAGCAAAAAUGUAAAAUGUUUGCUUUCCUUUUGAGUUGUCUCAUAUGUACCAGAAUUUCUUCAUUUGACCAGAAUAACUUUACGGUAGUGUUUGGUUUUGAAAGAAGGCACUUUUGGAAAGCCUGUGAGGGCAGAAGCUACAGUGAGAAGACUGAGCAUGCGCUAUUCUUCCCAGUUCCCGAGCUAUUUUGCAGCACCUCAGAUGCUUCAUAACAGUAUUUAACUCUUUGCCUUGUUUAGGUAUAAAAUAGCACAUUAUGCCCUUAGCCUCCUUCCCCUAAUUUAGAUAUAUAUUUUUUUGGCUACAUUUUUAGAAGGUAGUGAAAUCUGAUGCUGGUUGUAGGCAAUAAAAGGGCUUCCAUUGCAGUGCCUGAGCAUGCUCUGUUGUGAGCAUGCUCAGUAGCAUUUUGUUGCAAAAUCAGGCAAGUGCUGUUGCUACAAUACUCCUGGUCUACCACUAAGUAACUGGCAAGCCUUUCUUCUCUUUGUAGUUCUAGUAAUUGUUUGCAACUAACACAAAAUGUGUCAGUCCAGCUUACUAGUUUAUCGUGAAUUUGGGGGAAGGUAGAGAAUCCAGAGGUGAGAGGCCUAAAAUAGCAUAAACUGAAAUGAGUGUGUGUUAGCUGAAUAGAACUAACAAAUUGGAGAACAUUAAUCCAUAGCUUCAAGAGCAGUGGCUGGUUGCUGCCAGGUUAGAUAUGGUGCCCUGAUCCUCUAAUUGCCAGUUCACAAGCAAGAAAGAGUGGUAGCAGCAAAGGGACUUGCUAAGAACCCAUUGCAGGGGUGGUGGCAGCAGCAGUGCCAGCCUACAUUCUCCAUCUCCUUGCGGAUGGAGGGGGCCAUGAGCUAUGAACACAGUUUCUACAUGUUCACUGUAAUUUAUUUUUAAACUUUUGCUUACCUGCAAUUACUGUAUUGACUACAUAUAUACAUGUCUUUAUGGGUAGGAGUUCUUAGAAUUCCAGUAGCUCAGACAAGAGCAACUUUUUCUACUAUUCGUUGAAAGAUACAUUAGCCAUAAAAUUCUCUGUUAGCACAAACACUCCACACUUCCGCAGAGGAAAUAAACUUUGCCUCCGAAGACUAAAUAAAUUGAUUCCUGUUAAUCCAACAUGGGAGCUCCUAAGGUAUUGGGGGGGGGGACUCUAAACAAGAGCAAGAUGAUAAUAGAAUGACAUUCAGGCUAAAAAAAGGGUUUUACACCCUCUGGGUUGAAGAUGGUAACAAUAUGUCAAAAACAGAUCCUUAGCUGUCUUAACAAAUGGUGCAGAAAGGAAAUUUAUUAUUGGAAUAAUGAGCAGUAUAAAAGUCUGGGUAGAAGACACAUCGUUCUGGAAUGGACCUUGAGAGAAGCCACACUAUGGUAUAGGUGGAGGGGAAAGAGGGAAAGGUUAGGCCAUUGUUUUGGAUGCAGUAAAAGAAGACUUUGAUCCCCCAUCUAAUAUAUUUUUCAUAAAGUUUACAGUAGGAAGCUUUGGAAAGUCCACAGUAUUAAAUAUCCAACUGAAUUGCAUCUGAGUAAGCAUGCAUUAUUGUCUAUGACUUGAUAAUGAAUGUUCCCCUGCUAAAGGGCUUUUGAGUGUCACUGUCAUCUCUAUUCCAGGGAAGACUCUAUGAACUUAAAUCUGUGGUGAUUUAAUAGCAAGCUGCCCAUUUGAAGGCAAGCUGUGCUUCUCUGAGAGGGAGUAGAAUGCCAACGUCAGCUUCUUAUUUGUCAAUUUGCACUGCAUGAGCACACAUUGUGGUGGAUUGCUAUGUAUAAUACUACCCUGAAGGAAGUCCUAAUGUUAGAACACCAAAAAUAUUGUUAUUAAUAUCACAUCCAGUUGCUCUGCAUUGCUAAGCCUCCAUCAACAUACUCUGUAUGUUUAGUGCUGUCUAAAUUCAGAGCCACAAGCAAAGCUCUGUUGAGGGCAGGGGACAACUUUAUCCCCUUGUCCUUCCUUAUUCCAGUCACCCCUCAACCUAUAUGGGUCCUACAACCCCAGAGAUGGAAGGAUUAGAGAGGAAUGCAGGGGAAAAUUGUGUGCCUUCAAACCCAGAUGGUUGGGUACAUACCAGGAUUUAGUGCAAUUGGAUUCUUUAGCUCUGGUUUUAUUUUAUAACAUUAAUAGCUGAAAUCUGUGUCUCCUUAUAUUCUGUACUUUUUCACUUUUUAAACUCUGUAU